AUGGCUCAUCCUAUUUUUGAUGGUGAGAAUUAUCAAUUAUGGGUUGUGAGAAUGGAAACUUACUUGGAGACUCUUGAUCUUUGGGAAGCCGUGGAAGAGGAUUAUGAAAUUAAUCCACUGCCAAAUAAUCCCACCGUGGCGCAGAUCAAGAGUCACAAAGAAAAGAAAAUCAUUAAGUCGAAGGCAAAAGCAACUUUGUUUGUUGUUGUUUCAACAAUUGUUUUCACGAAAAUCAUGACUCUCACAUCACCAAAAGAUAUUUGGAAUUAUUUGAAGAAAGAAUAUGCUGGAGAUGAAAGAAUACGAGGAAUGAAGGUAUUAAAUUUAAUGAGGGAAUUCGAAUUGCAGAGAAUGAAAGAGUCAGAAACAGUCAAAGAAUACUCUGACAGAUUGCUUGGUAUUGCCAACAAGGCUCAGGAACAAAGGAGACUUAUGAGGCAAGAUGGCAUGGUUGAAGGAGCAUUAGUAGCUAGCCUCAAAACUCAAAGCAAGGGUAAAUUUUUAAAAAAUUAUCCACCUUGUCAGCACUGUGAAAAAAAUGGACAUCCUCCAUAUAAAUGUUGGAAAAGACCAGAUGCACAGUGCAAGAACUGCAAACAACUUGGUCAUGAAACUGUGAUUUGCAAAAGCAAAUUUCAAAAAGAUGAAACAGUUGCCCAAGUCACUAGUGAAGAAGAAGACCACUUAUUUGUGGCAAAUUAUUUUUCAACCAAAAAAUCUGAUUUUUGGAUGAUUGAUAGUGGUUGUACAAACAACAUGACAUAUGAAAGAAAUCUUUUUAAAGAGUUCAUUCCUAUGGAAAAUAAGAAUGUCAGAAUUGGGAAUGGUGAUUGUAUUCCUGCAAAAGGAAAAGGGUUUGUUUCAAUUAAAACAAAUUUAGGUACAAAAAUAAUUUCAGAGGUUCUUUAUGUGCCUGAUAUUGAUAAAAGUUUGUUUAGUGUUGGCUCUGAUCAUGCACCAUUACUUCUUUCAUGUGGGGUGGGCAAUACUCAUAUAGCUAAGCCUUUCAAAUUUCUGAAAUUUUGGAUUGAAAGGGAAGAUUUCAAAGCAAUUGUCCAGCAAAAUUGGGUGGCUGAAAAUUCUGAUGACAUUUUCAUCCAGCUGAAACAGAAAUAG